CUUUUAUCCUCUUUUUUUAGGUUAAAAUAAAAUGAGUUUUACAAGAUCAGCAAGUAAAGUGUGGUGGGGAUCCGACGAACACGAUUACAUUAAUCAGCGUUCGAUUUCGGCAAGCCCAAAAAGUCACGAUUCCGGAUUUUCCGACAACGAAACUUUUUUGCAUCCAAGAAAAUCUUCGGGAAGAAAGAUAAACGAUAUCGAAAAAAAUGCAAAUAAAGAAAAUUACAUGAAGAAUUCUUAUAAUCAAAAAUUAAUCGAUAAAUGCGAAAUUCCAACUCCAAUUCGCGUUUUAGAUCUCGAAGUCAGAUCUGAACCAUCAAAAAGUUUCAAAUACGUUAAAUAUUCGCCGAAGAAUACAAGAUCUUUGUUCAAAAACGCUAAAUCUUUACCAAACUCACCUCUAUCUUCAAAAAAAAUCGAAAACAUUCCAAAAUCUAAUCAGUAUGCAAGGAAACCGAGCGGCCCAAGCAUUAACAGUGAGAUCACAUACGAAGACGCGGAUUCUUCGUGGAGCUCGGUCGACGAAGAGGCCGCAAACGUAACAGUUCCAGUACCUAAUAAACAGAAAAAAAUCGAUUUUAACAUUAGCGCCCCGGCAGUUCUAACGAACCCCGAAGAUAACUACGAAGAAAUCAAAGAAGAUUCGAUACAAUCGGGGAGGUCGCUGAAUUAUUCUCUUAGCCCGAUUCAAAGUGAUACCGAUAGUGAAUUAGAAUGUCUUUUCGCCGAUGGAAAUGUUGAAUCUCCCAAACACACGUCGACGCCGAAAGUUUUUUCUAUUAAAUCGAAUUUGAGAGGUGGAAAAACGAAGAUGAAUUUGUUAUUGAAAUAUCACAAUGAAAGAGUACCUCCUCUUCAUGAAAAUCUCGAAUCAUCUUGCAAACUUUGGCAGGAUGAAAUCCGAUAUUUAUACGACGCGGAAUGUAUGACAACGUUACAAAGCAAAUCAAUUGCGGCCGAUUUGAAUGAAAAAGUUUCAUUUUUAGCAAGCGUAGCAACUUGUCACUUAACGAAUUUGUUAAGAGACAUCAAAAUGAUCGAGAGCGAAUUCGAAAACUUAAAAAGCCAACCGAAACAUAAAGAUUCUUUAAUUCAAAGCACAACGGGCUUAAUCAAAGAAUUCUUACAAAAAUACAAACUCCCAAACACUCGGAAUAUGAAGAAACACAACGAGGAAUUACGCACUUUCAAACUAUCCGACAGCAUAACUAAACUACAAAAAUCUUUUACGCAUCAAACCAAUUAUUUCUUAGAAACUCAACUAAUGAAAUUCGCGGAAAGUUUAGAAUACGCCGAAAACGAGAUGGAUUUAAGGGCAAAAAUAACCGGAUUAACCUGGAUUUGUCAGCGUCACCCCGAAGUAUUAAAAAUCCUUUCUGAAUCAACAACGAUUCAAAACUUACUUAUUUUAUGCGAAAAAUGUGACGGAUCUUCGGUAAAAGCUUUAAUUUUACGAGCGCUAACUACUCUUUGUUGUAACUCGUUGGGAGUAAGAAAAUUUGAAAAAUCCUCCGGAAUCCAAACCAUCUCCGACAUAAUUUACGAAAGAGCUCGCCCCGAACCCGAAAAAUCCGAAGCAAUCGCCUUAUUAGCCCAAAUAACAGCACCAUGGAUAGAAGAUAACAACAAAAUAAACGGCCUACAAGAACAUGGCAAAAAAUUAAUUUCCGCUUUAACCGAUUUCUUACAAACAACAUCGUGUUGUCAAAAUUUAUUAUUAACGACGGCGGCUUUAGCAAAUUUAUCAAGCAUGGAACCAAAAUCGAUUAAGUACAUCUUAAAUCACGAUACGAUUAAGAUUCUUUUUGAAGCGGUUCGAAAAAGGGGACCGACAACGUCGAUUUUUUUGUUAGAGCAGGUUUCGACGUUAAUCGCCAACGUUUCUAGCGUGGAAAUGGCACGAAACCAAUUAGCGCGAGAUGAAGUUCCUAAAGUUUUAAUGUGCUUUCUACAUACCGAUCGGUUUAAAGAGGAUAUUUUUAAACGGCUUCAACAGAAAUCGAUCAUUGCACUCUCAAGGGUUUCUAGUGAACCAGAUGCUGCGUUUCAAAUCGUUCAAUGUGGAGGAAUUAAGAAGUUGGUGGAGUUGUGUAGGGAUAAAUCGGCUCGAUAUGAUAGUGAUGCCGUCUUAGUAGCAACUUUGGCUACAUUGAGGAGAAUCGCUGAAAAUUGUGGGACAUCAUCAAUCGACACUCAAGAUGUCCAAGAAUUAGUUGAGCCAAGACUUUUGGACUCAUUUUUGGCGUAUUCAACUCAAACGGAAAGUUUGGUGUGAUUUUGUAAUAUAAAAAUCGACUUUUCUUAUCAUCAAAAAAAGUUUGAUUUUAUUAAUGUUUAUUGUAACGUUUUAUAGACUUUGUGUUACCAAAAAUUUGUAUUUAGAGAGAUAUUAAUCUUAUUAUUACUAUAUUUAUCGAUAUUUCUUA